AUGUGCAAAAAUACAGUGCACUUUUCAUCCGUCAAUCCAGACCUCCCUGGCACACAUGUCUACACGCCUCUGCCACCGCCCUCCGCGCCACUUCUUCCCUCCGCCCUACUCGUCUACGCCCAGCCUCUGCCCUCCCCCCGACCACCAGUCCGUCCUCCUCCCAUCCAUCCCACUUCUCUCCGGCACUUCCCCGUCAACAUGGUCCGCUUCCUCCGCUACUGGAUCGAGCAAAACAUGGAGUCGCCAGAGUCCAUAGAGCGCGCCGCGCAGAAGCACAUCGAAAAGAUGUCCGAGGGCAGCGUCAAGCUCCGCGACCGGUGGGACAAACCGCCGAAGCCCGCGGGCUACUGGAAUGCCCCGGCCGUCACCAGGUCCACCACGCUCAACAACGCCCGCGCAGAGGCCGAGCUGCUCUCGCCUUACGCGCGUCUGCUGCGCGAGAUGGACGACGCGCGUAGCUUGGCCGACCGAAAGUAGCCCGAUCCUCGCCCGCUUGCAACCGCCGCCGUCGUGCGCCGCUAUAAAUUAUCUCGCGUUUUACUGCUUCGCGCCCGUGGCGAGAA